AUGCCGGUAGAGAGGGCCGAACGCCGCUUGGAGAAAGUCAUGUUCGACGACAUUGGUCUUCCCGAUGACUCGGAUUGCCUUCUGGAAGCCUUCGAAGGCAACGACAGGACUGCCAAUAUCCUGCGUCAUCGCUACCAACUGAAGGGCAAAACUCUCUCUUCUCCGGCGCCCGCGCCCGCGCCAAUGAAGCCCCUUGAUGCCGUGCCGCUGAAGCCGCUCCUGCCGUCCGUUGCCGUCAACUCGAACAAGACGGAGAGGCCCAGCUGGGCUGACAUGUCUACAGACAGUGAGGAUGAGGACUCCCAGAGCCUGUGCACCGGUGUGGCGGGAGAGAGCUGGUCCUCGCGCGCAUCUGCUCCAGCGGAAGCGAGCCCUGCUCCUAGUGGAGGCUUCCCAUGGAACCCGCUCGACUUGGAAUCUUCCGAGAUGAAGGAGGAAGAGCCCUUGGACACCGAAGGUUCUAUUGGUAACAGCUUCUCCUGGGCCAAGGUGUGGGAGAAGAUGAACUCGGGGAAGUCGGAGUGUUCAAGCCCAGUGUCGUCCGUUUCUGCACAGGAGAUGGCUGUUGGAUAUCCACCGCAGCAGAUGAUGAUCGUGCAGCCGGCAGAGACCAGGGGUCCAGGACUCCCUGUGAAUGGCCUUGUCCAACAAAUGGCGCAGCCCUCCCUGAUGGGUGGACAGGUGCAGAUUGUCCAGCCGGUGCAGCCAGUUCAACCCCUGCAGCCGAUGGUGAUGAUGAUCCCAGCAGCGACUGUACAGUUUUCUCAGGGUUACUACAACACGCCCGAGAUCUGUCAGCCUGCUCAUGCUUUCCAUCCGAAAGCUGCUCAGCUUGGACACCUCUCCUCCGAAUGCAGAACUUUUACGAAGACCAAGAGCAAGGGCCGCCUGUCCAUCGUGUCCGAGAACAGGCUGCACCAGUCGGGAGUGGAGCGCUACUGCCUCCGCUUCACCGACGGAGAGCUCAGCAACGCUGACGGUGUUGGCAUCGUCUUCUCAUCGCAGCUGCCCUGCCCGCAGAACAUUCAGAAGAUCGUUUCCAUCUUCGCCAACAGGACGGGUCGCAUCUGCAUGCGAGCGGACGCGGACGUGGAAAGGUCGCACGUGAGCAUCAAAGCGCUGGAGCUGGGAGAUUGGCUGGAGGUCACCUGCGACUUCGACCGGCGCCAGGUCACCUUCAGUGUCUGGCCCAGGGACGGUGGCGAUGCAUCGACUGCCACGGUGGACUUCUCCGGUGGCGCGGAAAGGUUUCGGCGCUUGAGUGCCAAGAUCCCUCAGUGUGCGAGCGGAUACUUGGCAGUGGUCAUGAAGCACCCGGGACUCAGUGAGAAGGGCUUGCCGAUGCCAGUGCGGCAUGAUGGCUGCCUUGACAUCUCGCAGAUCUUUCCAGAGCUGCUGAGCCAAGUCACGGCGGCAGCGCUGCCGGCCUACUCUGCACUGGGCUUUGAGGGAGUUCGACUGCGGCACGCCUUCCGCACCAAGAACUAUGCAUCCAGAGAAGAGACCUUUGUGCGGCACGUGGACAAGUACGCUCUCACACUCAAUGUGUGUCUGCAGCGGACGGCUAUGUUGCGCGGAUCCAGGGUCUUCUUCUACGCCAGUGAAGAUGCAGUGGAUCCAUCCUACUGCCACGAGCAUCAGGUGGGUUUGGCUGUCGUCCACUCUUCCAAGGAGUGGCAUCAGACUGAGAAGCUGCUUGCAGGUGAGCGCGGUUCCCUGAUAAUGUGGUUUGAGAUUGAGCUUUACGCUUUAAUGACAAGCUGGUGGAUCAAGCCGCCUAUGCUGCCGGUGGAGAGCGCCUGGUGCUCCCGCCACAUGCCCUUCAGGCUUGCCGGCUCUGAGGCACCGCAAUCGACCCGACCAGCUUGCGCACAGCGGCCUAGGCCCACAUUCACAUCAACAUGGAAUCAGUCUGCAUUGCCGGAGCCGGUCGGGAAAGAGCUGACCUUAUCCGGCGAGCCACCGGUGCUUCCGUCUGCUCUCCUUGCGUUUCAGGUGGAUGCCGAAGAUGAUGCUGCCAGUUUGGCAGAUCUCGUUGUGCCUCCUUCCCGUGCAGCUUUGGGCAUUUCAUUUGCCGCCGUCAUCGCGGCCAAGACGACCGCUGGUGCCAGCGAGAUACUCUUCUAUGAGGAUGGAGUUGUCCUCGGCAAGGGUGCGUUUGGAAUUGUUGCGCGUGGAAUUAACAAGGAGACAGGAGAGCUGGUGGCAAUUAAGCGUAUUGCCCCGACACACAAGCUGGCUGUGGCCACUGCAAAGAACGAGGUGGAGGCAGCAACACACUUGGGGGAACAUCCGAACGUUGUGCAGAUGAAGGCCUACUUCCUGGCCCCGCUCGAGCAGGGAAAAGGGACGCGCGAAGUGAUUUUAGUUUACCGGCUGGCCCUGGGCGGUGAUUUGCAGCAAUGGAUAAAUCAACAGCAUGGCAAUGCCUUCGACGUGAACUAUGCGCAGCCCAAGCUAACUGAUGAAGCUUUGCGGAUCAUGCGGCAGCUCGUUUCGGGAUUGCAACACGUCCAUGACCGAGGCAUCCAGCACCGGGACUUGAAGCCUGCGAACAUCCUACUUAGCGCCGGCUGCACGGCUCUCAUUGCGGACUUCGGGAUCGCGCUGGUGAACCGGAGUUCCGCAAGAGAGCAGGGGCACGCAGCUUUAGGGGAUUUUUACUUCAUCGAUGUGGAUUCUCUCGUGACGAAGGAGCUACCCUAUACCCGGGAUGACGAUGUCUACAGCUUGGGAGAAGUCUUCGUCCGCAUACUCUUUGGCCGAUAUGCCACAGGCGGUGACUUGCGGAGGUUUGCCGAGGAGAGCCCAGAGCUGCCUCCGGUUGUGCGGAUCUUGGAGAAAAUGCUGGCCAGCAGAGACGGGCGAUGUUCCCUGUCCCAAGUGCAAGAGGUCCUGGAUGCGUUGCGCUUCCAGCCCAAGCCGUCCGAGCCUCGUCCUAUCGUGUUCAGCAUUUUCCUGGGUAUCGGAGCUGUCAUGACCGCGCGCGUGGUCAUGGAGCACCUCCGGAAGAAGAAGUUCCGCAAGCAAGACAUGUCGGUCUUCUCGAAGAGGUCGAACCUGAAAUCCAGCCUGCAAGCGACGUUCUGCGUCGGCCAGACGCAGGGCCGCCGCCCGUCUCUCCAGGACUACUACUGCCAUGCCCGCAUUGCUUGGAAUGUCCACAAGGGUGCCCGAUCCUGGAGGCUCUUGGGGAUGUUCGAUGGUCACGGCGGCAUGGACUGUGCGAAGUUUGCAGCGCAGUCCUUGCCUCACGAGGUGCGGCGCAUGCUGCGAGACACGGAAGCUGAGGCUGCAGGUUUGGAGGGUCUGCCGCUUUGGAGGCUGGCCUCCCGCGGCUUGCAGCAGGCGCUGGAGAGUUUGGAUAGGUUGUACAUCAAGUUCCGGCAGAAGAAGAACAACAUGGAUUUGUGUGGCACGACGGCCUCCGUGGCUUUGUUGAGCCCUGAUGGAUGCCACGCUGUGGUUUCGAACAUCGGGGACUCUCGAACUGGGCUCGUCGGGGAGUGGAGGAAGCUCGAGCACACGGGCAUCGGCCCGGAGAGCGCCUCCCAGCUUUUCAUGACCCACGCGCACCGGGUCAGCGACCCCGUGGAGAUGGCCAGGAUCGAUAGAGCCGGGGGCUUCGUGGAGUACGGGGGCAGCGGCCACCGAGUCAACGGUGUUCUCGGGGUUUCCCGAGCGAUCGGCUACUGUGGAAUCAAGGACUACGCCGAUCUUGUUCCAGCACUCUCGGACAACAUGAUCCUGGAAAGGGACGGGACGAAAGCUGGGCUGGUGGGACUGGCCAGCGAUGGCCUUUUCCGAACGCGCUCUGAGGAAGAGGCUGAAUCGGUGUUUCGGCGACUGGCACAUGCCGACUGUUACCAAUCACUCGAACAGCUUGUUGCAGAAGAGUUGGACAUAGCCGGCGGCGGAGAAGCCGCAAACAACAAGGACAACGCGAGCGUUCUUGCUUGCCUGCUCCCGCCGUUCUGA